AUGGGAUGCUGGAGAGGCAUUCUGUUUUCGAAGCCUAGGGUUUCGCAGAUCCCCAACGCAGACGAUGAAUGGCUUAAUACGGUGAUGAACCAAACGUACACACAUGUUUCGCCACCUAUCCCGGCUCUGAUAGGCUACGACAUUCUCAAGCUUUACAAAGGCAGCGACGAGCGAGUGUAUCUCUUACUUACCGCAAACGAUUGGGGCGGCAAUAUUCAAUUUGCCCCGGAUACUCGCCAUUCGCUUAGACCACAUAAAUAUGACAAGGAAUCGCACGAAGUUAGCAUCGAAGGCACCAAGAUAACAAUCGCUUUGGAGCGUUAUAAUAUGGAAGAGCUGAAACUGAAAGAGCCUCAAAAGCUAUUUCAUUUGACAGGCAAAUCCAAGGAUAAACCAGAGACCGCUGCUUUGUAUUACAAUGAGGACGUACCUGUUCGAAUCGGUGAAGAUGAGAUAGGUGGAAUUAGGGACAACGAUCGGCUGCUAGUUCAGGAUCUGUCGACGAUCAUGUCCAAGUUCAGGGAUGGCAAGCCGGUUAUAAGAUAUAUACAAAAACAUGGGGGUACGCCUCCCAGUCGUAUGAUUCCGAUGCAUAGCAUCGUACCUGUGUGA